ACACAGAGAGGCUCGCUCACAGAGACAGUCUCGCGAGGGUCCCAGGUGUGAUGCAGAAAGAGUUAGUCCAGCCUAGGCAGCUGGGGACCAAGGGUAACCUUCUUGCUCAUCCAUGCAAUCAGAAGGAUUUUAACUGCUCUGCCUGUGUGUACCAAACAUCAUUCAUCUGCCUCCAGAUUGCCUAGUGGUGCUGCGUCCACUGCCAUCCCUCUUCCUGAAGUGGCUUCUUGGGCUUAGAGAGCACAUUCACUUAGACUUCCAGAAGCUGGAGCAAGAAAAUGGACUCAGUGGCUGUUGAGGAUGUGGCUGUGGACUUUACCCAGGAGGAGUGGGCAUUGCUGGAUCUUUCUCAGAGGAAACUCUACAGAGAUGUGAUGAUGGAAACCUUCAGAAACCUGGCCUCAGUAGUUUCUCGAAAUCUUAAUGAUGGAGAAAAGCUAUCCAGUGAAAAUAUAAUAGUGCAAUUCAUGAGAAAUGACACCUGGUCCUCGAUGGUAGGAGAAAUCCAUGAAUUUCAUAGCACUGAAGAUCAGAAUAACAACCAGAAAACACAUGUGAGAAGGCAUAUGGUAGAGGACUUCUGUGAAAGUAAUGAAGACAGUCAGUGUGGACAGACCUUCAGCCGUAUUCCAAGUCUUUCUGUGCUCGAAAGAACUGCUAUGGAAACAUAUCCUUCUGAAUGCCUUGAGUGUGGAAAGUCCUUGAUGGAUCAUUCAUCACUUAAGCAUCAUAUCAAAUCUCACUCUGGAUGCAGUGUCUAUCAGCAUAAGGAAUGUGGAGACCCCUGCAGUUGUUCCUCUUACCUCAGUACUCCUGUGAGAACUCUUACUGGAGACAAACCCGUUGAGUAUAAGGAAUGUGGCAAAGCCUUUCAUCAUUCCUCAAACCUGACUAGAACUGUGAGAACUCACUUUGGAGAGAAGUCUUAUAUAUGUAAGGAAUGUGGGAAAGCCUUUAGUCAGUCCUCAGACCUGACUGCACAUGUAAGAAUGCACAGUGGUGAGAGGCUUUAUGAAUGUAAGGAAUGUGGCAAAGCCUUUCGUUGGUCCUCAAACCUCACUAUACAUAUGAGAAUUCACAGUGGAGAGAGGCCUUAUGAAUGCAAGGAAUGUGGGAAAGCCUUUAGUCGGUCCUCACACCUCACUACACAUAUAAGAACUCACAGUGGAGAGAGGCCUUAUGAAUGUAAGGAAUGUGGCAAAGCCUUUAGUCACUCCUCAAACCUCACUGAACAUAUAAGAACUCAUAGUGGAGAGAAGCCUUAUGAAUGUAAGCAAUGUGGCAAAGCCUUUAGUCAGUCCUCACACCUCACUGAACAUAUAAGAACUCACAGUGGUGAGAGGCCUUAUGAAUGUAAGGAAUGUGGCAAAGCCUUUAGUCACUCCUCAGACCUAACGACGCAUAUGAGAAUUCACAGUGGAGAGAGGCCUUAUGAAUGUAAGGAAUGUGGAAAAGCCUUUAGUCGGUCCUCACACCUCACUACACAUAUAAGAACUCACAGUGGUGAGAGGUGUUGA